CGGUCCGACCUCGCACUGGACAUAUACUUUUAUUUAAAUUUUACCUUACAUAUUUUACGUUUUCGUCGAGCCUCUAUGAACGCUUCAAAGUUGUGCGUUAGAACUAUUUAGUAAUUCGGCUUCAAAUGGAUUAACAUUAGCUACCUUUGGCCAAGCUAGCUAAUGAGAAAGACUGAAGUUAGCCAAAGUUAUCUAGCUGUGUUUCUCUGGACCCUUUUUGUAUUUUUUUUUUUAAAAACAUGAAUUUCAAUGACAGCCUCGUAUCUGCUCCGGGGAAGGCAAUUCUCCAUGGAGAGCACGCAGUUGUACACGGAAAGAUUGCACUUGCUGUGAGUUUAAAUUUAAGAACAUACUUGAAGUUGAAAGCCACCACCACUGGCAAAGUUUGCAUCAACCUUCCCAACAUUGACACCUUCCUUUGCUGGGAUGUGUCUGAGCUGAAGAGGCUUACCCAGAAUUCAUGUGGCAGGCAGCAGGAUGAGGUGAAACGUCUCGAUGCUGAACUUGUAAAAAGACUGCGUGAGUUUGUUGGUGCAACAAACGGAAACUUAGAUACUUGCAGCAUGGCUACCUUGGCGUUUCUCUACAUCUACCUUUCCCUGUUUAGAAGUGAGCUGCCAAGCUUGACGGUGUCUGUGUGGUCAGAGCUGCCCACUGGUGCAGGACUGGGCUCGAGUGCUGCCUACUCUGUGUGUUUAGCAGCAGCACUGCUUUGCGCAAGUGGAGCCAUUCCCACUCCUCUCAAAGAGUGCGACCACACUGCCAGGUGGUGCCAGGAGGACCUGGAGCUAAUCAACAGCUGGGCCUUUCAAGGCGAGAUGAUCAUCCACGGUAAUCCUUCUGGAGUCGACAACGCUGUAGGGACGUGGGGUGGCAUGCUGAGGUUCUUGGCCGGAAGGAUCAUACCACUGAGCAGGGUGCCCUUAUUGCGAAUCCUUCUCACUAACACCAAAGUGCCGCGUAGCACUAAGGUACUUGUCGCCAGGGUGAAGGACAAAAUUAACAAGUUUCCUUUGAUUUUGAACCCUGUGCUCGACUCAGUUGAUGCCAUUUCCUGCACUUGUGAGAAAGUCCUUUUAGAAAUGACGAGUGAGCCAAUCACAGGGGAGCACUACAACGUUUUGGAGGAACUCAUUGACAUCAACCAGCACCAUCUGAACGUGAUGGGGGUGGGACACCCGACCCUGGACACCCUGUGUCAGGUCACGCUCGCCAGAGGUCUCCACAGCAAGCUCACCGGAGCAGGCGGAGGCGGCUGUGGCAUCACUCUUCUUAGACCAGAAACGGAGUCCGUUGUAGUCCAGAGUACAAUUCAGGACUUGAAAGACUGUGGCUUUGACUGCUGGGAAACAAGUAUUGGAGGGCCUGGUGUCCAGGCGCAUUCUCCCCUCUCUGUAAAGGAUACUGUUUUAGGAAUUUUAAACCGUUAUUGACUCUCAACUGUGGUCAUGGGUGUGCAAAUGGAAUCUAUUAGAGAGUCACAAGACCUGAGGUGUGCGCUACUGCGACAGUGCACAAAGGGACCUUUUCACGCAAGGCAAAAGUGGAAAAAACAUCAAUCAUGUAUUUCCUUGACUGAUAACUGGACAAAAAACAUUUUCUGAUGUUUAAGACCAUGUCCACAUGAACACUUUAAAUAAUGCUAAAACGACCUCAUUUCACACGAGUGAAGUUUCAAAAAAGUCUCUAUCCACACGCAAACACACAUUUUGUCCAAUUGGACGCCGAGAAAAAUCAGCUAUAGCUGACUUGGUGACUUUAUGCCUCUGUUAUUGUGAUAUACUAUGCAUACAAUGACAUGUACAUUUUGGUUAAAAUCAGUCCAGACUUUCACACACCCCAGGAAACAUCAGUCAUGUUUUUUUAAGUGCCCAACAAUCAUGCGCAAAAUGAAACCAACACUCGUGGAAUUAUAACAAAUUUAAUCAUCACUAUAGUGAUAUAUUACAUGUGCAGUGACGUGUACAUUAUCUUUCAAAUCAGCACAGGAAACAUAUUUAAGGUAGAGCACCCCCACCCCCAUUUGCCACUACACGUAAUGAAACCAACAGUCAAUAACACUCGUUGAGUAGAUACAUACAUGUUCUGUUGUUAUAGAAGGGUUAGAAUCAUAAGAAAAUGUCCCACUUUUCUUAUGACACAAACUUAAAAAGUCUCGCUUGUCAAAGUUGUCCCAUCAGUUGGGUGUUUAAAUGGAAUCUCAUCUAAAAUCGGUGCUGACUAAAGUGUUGCAACAGAAUUUUCUUUUUUAAUUAAAAACAACAAAACCAAGUACAAUAAAUACUACUAAAACUAUGAUACAAAAUAAUUUUAAAGAGAGAAGUUAAAAACUUUAAUUAUAUUUUCUGAGGUUUUAACAACUGAUUGUCCAGUUAAAGGUGCCAGAUAUAGGAAUGUGGCCAGAAAUGGUACUGCUUUCACGGUCAAAAUUCUGUAGUCCCCUCCCACUCUCCAUGACUGAGGUUGCCAGAUACGCAGCCAAAUCCGAGUGCUACUCCUAGGAACUUCAAAUGGCAAUCGAGGAGUCCUAAUAUAUAAUAUAUUACACAUCGCAUAGGCCUACUUUGAUGGCAAAGUAAUGCCUUACUUACCUAUCAAGAAGGAAAUUAGAAAGUUUGGCGUCCGAUGAAAAAAUAUUCUCCGCAUUCAAUCGUCUCCAUCUUUCAAAGGCAUCCCGAUACAAAUCCUCGUUUUGUUCCUGGCUUUGUCAUGAAUAAGUUCAGAAUUGUAACGACGCCUUUUAGAUUUACUAAGGUUUGACAUGUUUAGUAACUUUACCAGUGGCAGUAGCUUGACGGAGAUGGCGGUGCGUAACUGGCAACCUGGAUGUGACACACUCACAGACUUUCCUAUUGUUUAAACGGUGGAGGGCGAGGCAUCGAAAUGAAAACAAUGAAAAUAUUUCGGGGCUGUAAAUCUAAUUUUGAUAUGAGCAUAUCCCGGCUGAACGACUGUUAUCAGUAAUAAAGGUAUUGGAAAAGAACAUGAUUUAUUAAUGCCUUUUGACAUAUCAGGGCCAUUUAAUGAUGACUUGACAUGCAAUUAUUACAUAUGACACUUUUAACUAAGCAGAUGAACAUGUCUGUUCAUUUUGAUAAUUUAUUCCUUUAUUUGUGGUGUUGUC